UAAGCCACUGCAGAAAGUUGGUAAGAGAAACCUUUUGUUUUAGCUGAACAGAAAUAUCUGCGAAAUAACCUUCUGCAGAGAGAUGGAGCACACCGAGGUGGUGAAGCCAGAAACUCUGGAUGACCUGAUCAAAAUCUUGCAUAAAAUCUUCGAGAGUGACAGCAUCAAUGUUGAGGAGGUCCAAGGCAUAAUGGAAGCAUAUGAGAGCAAUCCUCAGGACUGGGUGAAAUAUGCAAAGUUUGACAAAUACAGCACCUUUGAUGGCUGCUCUAAAAAGUCAAACUGCACUUGGAAAAACAGGUACACAAGGAACUUGGUUGAUGAGGGUAACGGAAAGUUCAACCUCAUGAUUCUGUGCUGGGGAGAAGGCCACGGCAGUAGCAUCCACGACCACACAGACUCCCAUUGUUUCAUGAAGCUGCUGCAGGGUCAACUAAAGGAGACGCUGUUUGAGUGGCCGGACAGUAAAUCACAAGGAGAAAUGGUCCAGAAGUCACAGAGAAUUCUCCAAGAAAACAAGGUUGCUUACAUAAACGACUCCAUUGGCCUACAUCGUGUGGAAAAUGGCAGCCACACAGAGUGUGCAGCCAGUUUGCACCUGUACAGUCCCCCUUUCCAGUCCUGCCAGACAUUUGACCAGCGGACGGGGCACAGGAACACCGUCAAGAUGACCUUCUGGAGCAAAAAGGGCGAGAGGACUCCAUUUGAAACCACAUUCUCACAAGAGAACAACUAAUAGUCACCAAAGGAGGCUCCAGAUGAGGAAGACAGUUGUGUUGAAAUGACAAUGUUGUAAAAUUGAUUCAAGGGAAACUGCUUGGGAAGCAAAAUGUGGACCUACUAUGACUAAGCAACCCAUUUAAAAAAUCAGGAGCGGGCCGGUUCAAAAGGACAACUCAGUAAUUAGAAUGGCUUUAUCGCUGCCCAGUGUGAGCUUGGCAAAUACUGAUGAGCACAGGACGAAUGCAUGAAUAGGCUUGGACAUGGAUUGAAUCUGCCUUUUGUUUGCUAGGCCUGAGGAGACCCUUUUCCAAUAACAACAUUCCUGUCCAGCCACGACCUGUGUAACAACACUUUUGAAAAAUUAUGGCCCAUAGUCAAAGAGCUGAGCUUUGGCAUUUUCAAAAAGGGGGGGAUAUAUUGUAAUAGUGUUUAAAUUUCAUAUCUCAAGAAAAGGAAAAUAGUAAAUGAUGGAGCAUUUUUAUAGCUGUAUUUACUGUCAAUUUAGACCACUCAAAAUUGUCUUAACACCUGUUGAAAAUUGUGAUGAUGUAACAUUGUUUGUAUAAUCUAAUUAACAAAAAGUUUGUUCCAUUUGCAUUUGGAAAAAGAAAUGUAAAGCUUUAGAGUUGUGUUGUUUUUAAAAGUGCUAUGGUUGUAAUUUAUUUGCAGGGAAGAGAGUGUUUGAAUCGGCAAGCUUCCGUGUUACUCCUUAAUGUAUUCGUACUUAAGUUUUGACCAAGAAAGUCUUUUGUAUUAUUAGCAGACAAUAUGUUCAGUUAAAACACAUACCUUUUCUCAGGAUUUUGGCAUAUUUUUAAUUGUAGCUGUAUUUAUAGUGUGUAGUUUUUACAGCAUAGCAUAGCACUGUCAAAUGCAUAAGUGAUUUCUGUGAUGCAGUAAAUGAUAAAUCUGGCCAUAACUGUAGACCAUUAAACACCAUUACCCUUUCACAGAA